AUGUUGGGCUCGCUGGAGUCGAGGAUUCUCGGCGUAGCUUAUCAGCUCGUGAGCCUCGCCGGGGGGUUCUUUUGUAUUUUCACCAUCGAAGACUUUGGGCGUCGUGGAUUGAUGCUGGCAAGUGCGGCGGGCAACGCUAUCUGUUUGGCACUUGUGGCCGGGUUGAGCUCUCAACCAGAGAACAAAAUGGCAAUGCAUGGCGCAGUAGUCUUCAUCUUUGUUUAUCAUUUGACGUUUAUCGUUGGGUUUGGGGGCGUUCCUUUCCUCUAUGUCAGUGAGAUUGCCCCGUUACGGAUGCGCACCACGAUCAAUGGAAUUGCUGUCGGCAUAUUCUGGGUCUUCAGUGCUCUAAUUGCCGAGAUCACCCCUAUUUCCUUCGAUACCCUGCAGUGGCGGUUCUUUCUCGUCUUUGCCGGGCUGAACCUUGUCAUCAUGGGCGUCGUCUAUUCUCUUUUCCCAGAGACCGCCGGCCGUAGCUUGGAAGAGAUUGAUCAAAUCUUCAUCUCGUCUCAGAAUAUUUGGGACUCUGUUCAAGUCGCCAAGCAUCGAGACAGUCGGGGUGUCGGGGGCCAGAACUCGAGAGAGGGAUGUGUUCGAGCGAACACAGGUGAGGAUACUCAUGAUUGA